AUGGAUCCUACCGAUGACAGCGACGACGUGCGUCGCAUCGAGCUGGAGACGCUCGAGGCCAUCUUCCCGGAGCUGCGUCGGCCGGAAAACUCGCCGUUCACUUUUGAGCUCGAGAUUCCCGUCGAGCUGGCACAGCCCCUGACCGUCACCUUUCCCCCGGCUGGGAACGCCGUGGAGGAGCCGCACAACGGCCAGUCAGCGGCAGCAGCACCACCACCGGCCCUUGACUCUCUCCAGGUAUCGCACCUCCCGCCCAUAUCGAUCCUCGUCACCCUCCCGGAUGGCUACCCGGAGUCGCAGCCCCCGCGCGUCGCGCUCAAGACGACGCUGCGCUGGCUCAGCGACGAGACGCUCGCCCGCCUGGAGCAGGACGCCCCGCGGCUCUGGGAGGAGGCGGGCCGCGACAUGGUCGCCUACGCGUACAUUGACCACGUUCAGCGCGGCACGGAGGACGUGUUUGGUACCAUGGGGGAGGAUGGCACCCUGGCUGUCGACGCGGAGCACAAGGUCGCCGUGUUAGAUUACGACAUCAAGGCGAAAAAGGCAGCGUUCGAAAGAGAAACAUUUGAAUGUGGCGUCUGCUUGGAUCCGAAAAAGGGCACCAACUGCCACAAAAUGCUGGACUGCGGGCACAUCUUUUGCCUCCAGUGCCUCUGUGACUUUUACGGAGAUGCUAUUAAAAACGGUGAACUCCUCACUGUACGCUGCUUGACGCCAAACUGCGCCAAGGAACGAGCGUCAAAAGGCUCUACAGACACGGCUGGUCGUCCAGUUAAGAAGUUGAAGACGUACAUCAGCCCGAGCGAAUUACUGCAAAUCGGCCUCUCGGAGGAGCUCGUCAAGAGAUAUGUCACCCUCAAGUACAAGACGCAGCUGGAAUCCGACAAAAACACCAUCUAUUGCCCGCGACAGUGGUGCAACGGCGCCGCCCGCUCCAAGAAGCACAAGAAGCCCCAGGGCCUCGAACUCGUCGACCUCUCCGACGAGGAAGAGGACGACGAUGACAGCGAGGACACGGUGGUCGAGGACGCCACCGCCGCCAAGAAGAAGAAGAAGAAGGAGAAGGCCGCUGCCAAGGCUAGAUUCAACCCGGCGGACCUGCUGUGCGUCUGCGACGACUGCGGCCUCGCCUUUUGCAGCCGGUGCCUGCAGUCGUGGCACGGCGAGUUCGUGCGCUGCACAGGCAAGAAGACUACGCAGGAGCUUACGGAAGAGGAGCAGGCGUCCAUAGCGUACUUGGAGCUGCACACGUCGCCGUGCCCGACGUGCUCGGCACCGGCGCAGAAGACGCACGGCUGCAACCACAUGGCGUGCUCGCGCUGCGACACGCACUUUUGCUACCUAUGUUCCGCGUGGCUCGACCCGACCAACCCGUACAAGCACUACAACAUGCAGCCCAAUGGAAAGGUCACGUCGUGCUACAUGCGCCUGUGGGAGCUCGAGGGCGGUGACGGUGACGACGUCGGGCUCGGGUUCGAUGGCGGGCAGGGACAAGGGCAGGCACCGGCUGCUGUGGAAGCGCCGGCGGAGGAGGAGAUACUGGUCCUGCCUGCUGAAGAGGACGAGCAGGAAGAGGAAAGCGAUGACGAGGGGUCGGUGCUUGGUGAGAAUAACGGGAACGGUGCUCACCCGGCGGGAGAGCCGGCGCCUCGGGAGAGAGGGCCGGCCGUCGCGCGGGAAGCACCUCUUGUGCUGCGGGUCAUGGACGAGCCGGCACAACGCCCAGCGAGGAACGACGUACCAGCGGCGCCUGCCCCGGGAGACGGGCGACGUGGGCGCGGCGGCGGUCGUGGCGGUGUCAAUGACAGAGCAGCACGCCGAGGCGGCGGCGCCCGAGGCGGCGGCGCCCGCGGAGGAGGAGCAGCAGCGGCCCGAGGUCGAGGGCGCGGUGCUGCCGGACGCGGACGAGGGCAAGGCCGGCAGAAUCAGCACGACGAGGGCCGCGCGAGACAGUUGCAAGCCCUCCGGGAACGAGAGAGACAAGAAGAGGAGUUGCAGAUGGAGAUCGGCGAGCUCAACCCGCAGCAGGAAGCGUGGGUCAGGCAGUUCGUGGCGAUGGCGUUGGAGGACGCGGAGGACAACAUACACGACUCGGACGAGGACGACAUUGAAAAUAUGAUCCACUGGAAUAUGAUGAGGUAG